AUGUUGGCGUUCACUGUCACUGUCACUGUCACUUCACCUUCACUUCAUCUUCACUUCACCUUCACUUCAUCUUCACUUCACCUUCACUCUACUUCACUUUCACUCUCACUUCAUACUACGCACGAAAAGCACCGCCAUCAGCGUCUCUAUUCAAGCAAAAGCAAAAACAAAGCUAAACCCGGGAGCCAAUCCUCCACGCCGGGCAGGACGGCCGUCCUUGCCGCCUCCAACAUUCAAUAUAUACACCGUCAAACAAAGAAAAAAGGUCGGAAGCUGCAACAAGUAGUAUCAAAGGACGCCGAACGGGACGCGUACCUGGCGGUUGGAUUUGGGAAAGACUGGGAGGAGAGAGGAAACACGACAGGAUCAUUCACGUCUGUCGGUGGGUUCAAGCGCUAG